AUGUCCGAGGCACGGCCGUGGCCCCAGCGCGCCGCCGAGGUGCUCGCGGUGCUGAACCAUGUGGACUGGACGCGCGGCGACACGUCGGAACACUCAUUCGCAAGUGCACUGCGCAAUGCGAGCGCGAAUCGGUAUACCAAUGUGCUGCCGUACGACCACGCUCUGCUGCCGGACCCCUACGUGAACGCGUCGCGCAUCCCGCCGCUGCCAGAGAGCAGCGCGGGCGCCGCAUCGUGCAUCGCAUCGCAGGCACCGACGCCGUCGACGUUUGGCGCGUUCUACCACCACCUCUGCGCAGAGCGCGUGGGCGUGCUGCUCAAUCUCACGCCGCUCGUCGAGCGCGACAUGAUCAAGAGCCAUCAGUACUGGCCCAGCAGUACCUCUUCCCCGAUCGAGGAGGGCGAGUGGGUGGUGAGGAUGCUGGGCGAGGAGCCGAGCGAGACGCGCGGCCUCAUACUCCGGCGCUUGCAGCUCACGCACGGCGAGGCCAGCCACGAACUUACGCUUCUACACUAUACAGGGUGGCAGGACCACGGCGCGCUGCCCACGCCGCAGCUUAUGGGCCUGCUCACAGCCGUUGAACAGGCUCGCCUCGGGGCCGAGGCGGCCCCGCUGUGGGUCCACUGCUCCGCCGGCAUCGGCCGCUCCGGCACGCUCAUCGGCGCAUUUCUCGCACAGCAGCUGCCGGCUGCCCAGCGCACGGCCGUGCCGAGCAUGGAUCUGGCCGCAUACAUCACACGGCAUAUGCGCCACUUUCGCGCAGGGAUGGUCCAGACGCCGGGUCAGCUGGUGACCCUGGCGAGUGCGAUCGAGUUGGCCGCACAGGCGAGUCAGUCGUAG